AUGGUUGAUAAUAACCCCGAUGGGGGACAAUCUCAGGACCAAUGGGUCAUGGAAGAUAAACUACAGAGGAUACGUCAACAAGUAAACUCCAAGUUGGACAACCAAAAAAAGCUAGCUUUGAUUUUAUCUGCUGUUGAAGAAAAUAUCGAUGAGCAGGGUAACGUUAGAUCACCAGUCACUUACGUUGUGUCGUUCUUGUCUUUGCUUGAUGAAUGUAUAACCGAUGACAAGAUCAUCGACGAUAGUUUGGCCAUAUCUACCGCGUACUUUUUGGAUUUGGUUUUUCCAUUCACUCCUAAACUGUUGUUGAAAUCCAAGUUUUCUCAAAUCUUGACCAAAUUAGCCACUCCAUUAACUCAUCCCGAUGCCGAUGCUCCAUUGGUUAGGUCUACUAUUGGAGCGGUCGAGACGUUAUUAUUGGCACAGGACCACCAGCAGUGGACAUCCAAAGGAAAUGUCUCACCUAAAAGAGCUUUAAUCGGUUUGAUGGAAUUAUCAUUUGAUCCUCGACCAAAAGUCAGAAAGAGAGCCCAAGAAUCCAUCCACACCGUCUUGAGCAACCCUCCUCCUUCUCCUUCUCCAAUACAUGUGGCGGCACCUAUAUGCGCAGACUUAUCGCUUCAGAAGCUCACAAGCUUAUUGGACACGAAAAAGAAAGACAACAACUCUUCCAUCAUCCAUAUUUUGCAGUUGAUCUCAUCCAUAACUUCCGCCAACUCGUGGCCCCAAUCUCAGAUCGAACCUCUUUGCGAUAGCUUAUUGCGUAUUUCCAGAACCUCAGAUCAGUACAUGGUUUCCUCGGCAUUCUCAGCAUUUGUGGGUCUCUUUGAAUCGAUGAGCAACGACGUUGAUAUUGAAAAAUUUACCAACGUAUUGAAUGUCAUCUUUGAAUUGAAGCCGGCAGUCAACGAUACCCACUUGGCAGCUCCGUGGUUGGCGGUGAUAGCCAAAGCAAUUGCUGCUUUCUCCAAACUUGCUCCUAUAAUGUGCCUUCAAAAACUCCACACAGUCAUUCCUAUUGUUACAUCUUAUUUGUCGUCUGACUCUCAAGAUAUCUACAGCUCUGCAUCGCAAUGUCUUAUUGCCAUAAUUACCCAAGCGGUGCCAGACGACUUCAUUCUCGAUCCACCAGCAGUAUCGACAACGAUAUACGAGGCUAUGGACGAUUUCGUUGCGUUUCUUGCAAAAUUCACCGAAAAGGAAGUGCUUUCUAUAAAAUAUCAGGCCGCUACCAAAGAGAUCUUGGAGUUCCUUACCGCAGUGGUUUCAAAAUUGAGAUCUAGAUGCAACCCUGACUUCUUGAACGUUAUGGAAAUUGUUGGUCAAUGGCGUACCAAUGAAACAGAAGAGUUUCCUUUCAACAAAGAAGCAGAAGAUUUCAUAUCUGUAUGCAUUUCAGAGUUGGGACCUGAGGUAUGCUUGAGUAUCUUGCCCUUGAACUUGACCGGAACUGGUGGUCCUGGCCGUGCUUGGUUGUUACCUUUAUUGAGAGACAAUGUGAGAAACGCCGAUCUUGAAUUCUACAAGCGUCAAAUUCUACCAUUGAGUGAAUUUUUUGAGAAUAAAAUUAAGGAGUCCACGAACAAGGAAUCUGUCAAUGUCAAGAUCUUCCAGACCAUCGUUGAGCAAAUCUGGUCUUUGCUUCCUCAUUUUUGUGAUCUUCCCAAGGACUUGUCUACAAGUUUCGAUGACAAAUUUGCAGCCCAACUUUCCGACCUUUUGUACGCUAGAGUCGAACUUCGUACCUUCAUUUGCAAUGGUUUGAGGUCUCUCGUCGAAUCCAAUGUCGCUUAUGUGGGGGGUGCGUUAUCGGACGACAAGCUCAUGCAACAGAACUUUCCCGUUCACUUGGCAGAAGAGUACUUGAAACACUUAGCCACAAGAGCAUCUAAUUUACUUUCCGUGUUAUUCAAUGUGUUUCUGUCAAUUUCUCCCGACACGAGAGGAUUUGUUUUGGAGACAAUUGACAUGUACUUGCAAAUUGUUCCCAAGGACGAAUUGGAAAAUACCUUCAAUAAGGUAUGUGGACUUUUCAAGAAUGCCUUAGACGAAGAAGAGCAAGAAAACUCGAAAGACAGUGGCUCAAAAUUGAGUCUUACAAUGAUGGACUUAAUAGUUGCCAUGACCAAAUACUUGCCAGAAUCUUCACACAAUGCCUUAUUCUCGGUUUUCGCAACCACGGUUUCGAUAAAAGACCCACUUGUGCAAAAACGGUCCUAUAGAAUUAUUUCCAAACUUUCUGAAACCAACGAAGGAAAGUCCUCAUUGGUUAACUUUAUUGCACACCUCGAAAAGGUGAUUGUGGAGUCGACUGAAAUUACUGAACCAUCAGCUAGAGGAGCCAGAUUGGCUGCAAUUUUGGCUAUCUUGGACUUGCUUCCCAGCUCUGAAUUACAUUUCAUACCCUCCGUGUUGCAGGAAGUUAUCAUGUCCACUAAAGACAAUAACGAACGAACAAGAAGUAUUUCGUAUCAAAUUUUGAUUUCCAUGGGUAAGAAAAUGUCUAAUGGUGGAGUAAUCGACCAGUCUCAAAUUCCAGGAUUCGAAGCGGAAGAAGCAAAGCAAGAAGCAUCGUUGGGUGAUUUUUUCACCAUGGUUAGUGCUGGUUUGGCGGCACAAACUCCGCAUAUGAUUUCGGCUACAAUCACUGCCAUUUCUUGUUUGAUGUUUGAAUUCAAGGAUUCUCUUGCAAUUGAUGUGUUGAAAGAGAUCUCUUCUACUAUAGAAUUAUUCUUGACCCAUAACUCCAGAGAAAUUGCAAAGGCAGCUAUUGGGUUUGUCAAGGUUGAGGUGUUGUCGUUGCCGGAAGAUGUGGUGAGAGAGAACUUGACAGAGUUGUUAGCCAAGUUGAUGAGAUGGUCUCACGAGCACAAGGGACAUUUCAAGUCCAAGGUCAAGCAUAUUGUUGAAAGACUCAUUAGAAAGUUUGGAGCAGAUGUUGUUGAAGCAGCGAUUCCCGAAGAUGAUAAAAAGCUCGUGGUCAACAUAAGAAAGUCAAGAACCAGGGCUAAGAGAAAGCAAGAAGACGGAGGAGAAACCACAGAGAAGCCUAAAGAAACCAAGAAGUUUGUGUCGGCGUACGAGGAAGCCUUGUACAACUCUGACGUUUCCGACGACGAAGAAAUUCAAGAAUUCGAUGCCAAUGGAGAUUCCAAAAAGAGAACCAACCAGUAUAUUUUGGAGCUGGGAGACACUCCCUUGGACUUGUUGGAUCGUCAAACUAUGGCACGUAUAUCCUCAUCGAGGCCCAAAAAGUUUACUAAGAAAGAUAUGGAACGUAGAAACGUACCAUCGAAGAAUGGAAAAUUGGUGUUUGGCGAAGGAGACGAUGUUGAAGAUACACUUGCCAACAAAGGUUCUGGCGUGGAUGCGUACUUGGAUGCCGUUAAACAAGCACCUAUUCGUGGCCAAAGAAACAAAUUGAAGUUCAAGAAUAAGCGCCAAAACGAAGAUGAUUGGUCAGACGAUGAACCAGAAGUGAAGAAAAAGCCCACUACUAAUAGCCGAGUGUCGAAGCCAAAGAAGUUUAAAGCUAGAAAGAAGCUUUGA